CGGACUUUAAAAAGCUUGGUCCGCGCAGAACACAAUUUUGUGAUCUUACCAGGCAGCCAUUCCAUUCAUAUUCUGCGCUUUGCGUCAUGCCUGUGCCCUCUCAAUCCUCGUCUUCGUCUUGCUGUGGAGAGCCAUGAGCAGUUGUAGACGGGAUAAUGCUUCGCAGUAUCGGUCUGAGGGCCGGCGACGCGGUUUGGCACCGCUCGUCAUUACGUGGUCCUGCGCGAGACAGCAAGAGCUUGGAGAGUGUGGCUACGGCAAUAAACCAACAGCUCCUUGCAGGCAGACCACGUAGCCUUGGGGCAGCGCGAUGGGUUUCGAACGGGAGAUGCUCGCUGCCAUUGACGCAGGGUGGACGAGCAGAUGUGAACGUCAGCGUCGAAGUAUUCCGAUCCAUCGCUCGGCCGCAGUCAUCGAACGGGUCUAGUGUUCGGCAACUAGCAAUUGCGGCCUGGCGACGACAUGCACAUACGAGGUCAAAGAGGAGGCGAGUGCUAUCGGCGGUCCGACAGAAGAGCUCGGCGACCGGUUCAUCGAAGCCAUCGCAGCCCUCCGCGCCAAAGGCAGAAUUGUCCCCUACGAAUAAGCCUCCACCUCCUCCCACGCAACCUCCAAAAGAACCAACGGGAGAAGAAAAUCACUCUCUUCUCCAUCGUCUCCCGCACAUCCCAUUCCCUCAUCGCCCAACAAAGGAUGAGCUCCUCUCCGCCGCUACAGGAGCUUGGUCUCGCUUCAAGAUCCACUUCAAGUGGUUCAGCAUUCGUUCCUUCAGGCCCUGGAAUGUCGACGACAUUAGCGCUUUCUUUACGUGGAUCCUCGCUGGUCAUCUCAUUUGGAUCCUGCUUGGCACCACCACAUUUUUCUCUCUGAUCAUCUUCCUCAUAAACACGGCAUUUACACAGGAAACUCUCGCACGUUGGGCGGGAAAUUACCUCACAAAAUCAAGUGGGCUGCAGGUAGUGUUUGAGAGCGCGGUGGUUCCUAGGUGGAAAGAUGGUGUCAUUAGCUUCUCGAACGUGUUCGUCAGUCGGCGGCCAGGAAGGGGUAAGAGUCAAGUGAAGAAAGGGAGUGCUGCCGAAGCGGCUGCAGCUGCUGCUGUCAGCGAGGGAAGAGGCGAGUCAAAAAAUGACACAGCCGUCGAAGAAGAUGACGGCAAUUACACACAGUUCGAUGUGUCCAUAGACACAGUCAACGUGACCCUUUCGUUUGCGAAAUGGUUCAACGGCAAGGGCCUACUUCGCGAUGUCGAAAUCAAAGGCGUACGUGGUGUCAUCGACCGCACUCACGUCGUUUCUUCGACCUGGGAUGGCAUCGAUCCACGCACAUGGCGCCAUGAGCACCAGCCUGGUGACUUCGAGCUUGACUCUUUUAAGCUGGAAGAUAUGCUUGUCACCGUGUAUCAGCCAGAUGGCUUCCGUCCGUUUUCCGUCAGCAUCCACCUCUGCGAACUACCACGCUUGCGAAAACAAUGGCUGUUUUAUGACUUUCUCUCCGCCAAUGUCAUGAGCGGCUCAUAUGACAAUGCAAUGUUCGCAAUUCACCCCCGUCAAGAACACAACUACGCGGGCACCACUCGAAUUUCUGGGACUGGUGACGAGGCCACGCAGUGGAAGAAACACGCACGCUUCCGUAUCGACGGACUCAAUAUUGAGCACCUGAACCGGGGGGUAGAGGGUAUGUUUUCCUGGAUCAAGGAGGGUAAAGUGGAUAUUGUGAGCGAUAUGAUGUUCCCAAGCGACGACGAAAGUAUCGCCAAAGUUAUGAGCGACUUUUACGAUAGGGUCGAAGCGACUGUCACAUCAUCGGCGCAGCGAAUCCCAAUCGCUACGGGAGCGGUUCUACGAGAGGGCGGAUUUGCAUCUGUGCCAGAAAGACCGGAAGAACAAUCGGCAGAAAACUCUGCAAUAGAAGACGCUUCACAAGUGGCCACUACAUCCUCUACGGAAACUAGCACGAAUGCACGAAAUCAGAUAGGCCAAGCGCAAACCGAUAAUUUGGUACCCUCUGAAGGAGACAAACGGUUCCUCGUCAUGGAUAUUCGAAUUCAGCUCAAUGACGUACGCGCGACAGUUCCAUACUUCACAGCUGAUAUCUCGUAUAUCAAUAACGCACUCAUUAGGCCAAUUGUUGCCUAUAUCAACAGUCGCAGGGCCUUCAUCCCUGUGAGCUGUAGAGUUGUGAAACAAAUGAGUGAUUUUGAUGGAAGUUGGACCGCGUAUGAUAGUGGGUUGAUGGAAGAUCUAUCGCGGGAGGUGUACGAGGCAUUCGCAAGAGACGUCCUAGACGAUGACCAAUUGCGCCGCAGGAGGUUCAAGAAAGUCGGCGUCUGGACUUUACAGCUUGCCGCCCAGGCGCUCUUUAUUGGUUUAGCCGGAAACAUCGCUUAAGGGAACUGUUUCUUGUAACAUAGAAAUAUCUUCCUCGAGCCUUGAAGCCCACGAAAGGUCAGACAUGGCAGGCUUCUAAUAAAGCCGCAGGAAGUCAUCGUCGGUGAAUUGAUCAGGCGCAGCUGAUUGGUAAUUCCAUCGAACAGAUGAAUCAGAGAGGAUGCCAUCGCCGAAAAAGGCACGUUGGAUCCCAGCAUAGAGAACACGUCUAGAAAGAUAUGACGUAUCAUCCGGUUCAUGCAGCCGGCUUUCCGUGUCUCUGAUAGGACAUUGAGAAAUUUGGGCAAUCAAUUGCCGACUCAAAUUUAGAUUCCGGACAGGGAGAAAAUUAUGAGUCAAAUGUAUGCUGACACGUUCUAUUUUUGAAGCGAUGCGAAGGCCCUGUAAUGGCGUUUAUGGAGUAUCAGGCCGUUUUGUAAGUAAUAGAGAUACCAAUAAGCAUUCCUCUCACCUAUCCAAACCUUCUUGUCCCUGGAUUGUCUCAAAGUCUUUCAUUUUCACAGCAUUGCUCUUCACUCUCGGCAUCGUCAGAUCUUGAUUUAUUUCGCAUACAAGCCGAACUUUUUGCUUAAUUUUUGCUUUUCAUUUUCCAUUUGGAGCUGCAUCAAAUCAGCUUAGGCCAAGCUACGUUGCCAGCUAUAAGGUCCAUCGGAUAUAACAUAGGCACUAUGCAAUGAAAUUAUUUUUUAA